AUGGAGUGGGAUCCAAGUCGAUUUUUUGGUGCUUCUGGGAGCUCUUCUCCUUAUGCCCUGCUGAUUCUUCAUCAACCUAUCAAUGAGAAAGCAUUUGAUGUCUUAAGGAAACAUGCGUCUUUUAUUAUCUGUGCCGAUGGAGGUGCCAACCGGCUCUAUGAUAUGACGAAGGCCGUUGGCACAGAAUCUAAACACCUACCGGAUGUCGUUAUGGGUGACUUAGACUCUAUCCGCCCCGCGGUUAGAGAGCAUUAUGAGAAACUUGGGGUAAGGGUCAUCAGAGACCCAGAUCAGUACUCGACAGAUUUCACCAAGUGUUUAAAGUUCAUCAACGCGCAUGCCGCGGAGAUCAUUGCUUCACCCCGAGAGGGGGACAACCUAGCAAAGCUAGACAGCGAAAAGGCACCUGAAAGCGAAUCAACCUCAGUGGCUCAGUCGGAGCAAGCACUCCUGGACACUGUUAUCAUGGGUGGCCUCGGCGGUCGUGUGGACCAAGCGUUCUCCCAAGUGCACCACCUCUAUAUGAUGACCGAAACGCAGCGUGCAAUCCGCCGUGACGCAAAUAGCUCCGCAAGUCUCGACAAUAGACCAUCUGCGGGUGGGAAGCUCUACCUCCUAUCCGAGGAGAGCAUCACCUUUAUCAUCCAUGAAGGGAAGAAUACAAUUUAUACACCGGCCACCAAUCGAGCAGAUCUCGCGAGGCUGCCGACACCCAAGCCGGACGAGUCACCGUCGAAGAAAAGCAAAGUGGAUGACCCAGAGGAAGAAUAUCUCUUUGAGGAGAACAUAGGGAUCAUUCCCAUCACGGCCCCUGCCAUACUCACGACACGUGGUUUUGAAUGGGAUGUCGAGAAUUGGCAUAGCGAGAUUGGAGGACAGUUGUCCACCAGCAACCAUAUUCGGGCGGACAAGGUAGAGGUUGAGACAUCGACACCUGUCUUGUUUACUUUGGAGUUGGCCGAGAGGCUGAAGAGACGAUCAUGA